CCGAGCCACAUUCCUAGAGGGGACAGGAAAGGGGGGUCCUCCAAAGCCUCCCUUCCUGUUGGGGCGGGGGUUAGGGGACAGGGAGCGCCUUUUGUCUCCGCCAAGGGCUGCAUCGGCGGCCCCUUCUGGGAUCUGGACUUUUUAGCGCCUCUAAUUAAGACAGACAGAAAUUGGCAGAAGACGGAGUUCCUUCGGAGCUCUUGGAGGCUUCCUGGGAGCAAGAUGGACGAGCAAGACUCCACUGGCCCUGAAGUAGGAAGAGGCUCCCAUGCCAUCAAGACUGGGAGCAGUGGAGGAUUCUGGGAAAGAACCAUGCAGCAGGUCCUGGGAGAGGAGGACACCCUCAGCUCAGAUGUGCCGCACCAGCAGUUCAGGCAGUUCUGCUACCAGGAGGCCAAGGGCCCCCGAGAGGUUUGCAGCCGACUCCACCAUCUCUGCCGUCGGUGGCUGAAGCCAGAGCGACACACGAAGAAUCAGCUGCUGGAUCUGGUGAUCCUGGAGCAGUUCUUGGCUGUCCUUCCACGGGAGAUGGAGAGCUGGGUGAGGGAAUGUGGAGCAGAGACCAGUUCCCAGGCGGUGGCCCUGGCCGAAGGUUUCCUCCUGAGCUGCGCAGAGGACGAGAAGCAGGCGGAGCAGCAGGGAAAGGAUCCGUUGGCAGGAAUGGGCACUGAUCUCCCCAAGGCAGAGGAGACUCCAUCAGAUCCCAGAGAGAGGCCACUGCGUGAUGAAAUGAGGCCAAGACCUUCUCAGCCAUCUCUCCUUUGUGGCGGAGGGAAAGUAGCUGCUGUGACACUGGAACAGGGACCCUUGUCCUUUGAGGACGUGGCUGUGUAUUUCACGGAGGAGGAGUGGGCGCGGCUGGAUCCUGACCAGAGGACUCUGCAUGAUGAAGUCAUGGCGGAGAACUGUGGGAUCAUGGCCUCUCUUGCCCAACAGCUCCACUUGGAGCAUCUGCGAUUCUAACACCGCUGCAGUGAACCUUCAACAGACAGCCAUCAGCUGCUUUCCCUCUGAAUAUGCGUCCUCCAGUUAUGCCUCUCUAAACAGUGGUCAGACUGGUCUGAAUGGCCCAGGCCUUUUGAAAUGCAAGGUUCAGAGUUCUUAGGGAGAUGGAACUAGUCAUUUUCUGGUUGGCCAAAGAUACCACUGACAUCAGAGUCAGAACUGGGCCAAGCAACAAUCCAUCUCAGAAAAGAAGCGGGUUUUCCUGAUCUCAGAUUCCCAUAAAUACGUGAGGUGGUUGCCUUCCUGAAAACUUCUGGUCGGGAGCCUGAAGGUGCUCUUUCAGAGCCAGCGUUUUGCCAAGAACUCUCUAUAUGCUCUGAAAUCCAAAACUCUGUUUGAGCAACUAGCAUGUAACUAGCAACUUAGAUUGAGUUUAUUGGUUUACUCACAAACCUGUGUUUGAUUCUUGCCCCCCCUUUUCCUUCC